GUUGGUGUCAACAACUUCACAAUACACAAAAUUGCAAAAUCUAUAAGAAAUUCGGAGUUGCUUUCAUCUUCAAGUCUUUUGACAAAUCAAGAGAUAUGUAACUGAUCGAGAAUUUAAGUUUCUGUCCUUGUAAAUUUACAGAUAUGGAAAAUAUGAGUCUGGUGGAGAUAAAACUCUGAAUAAUAUUUAAUGUCAUCUAAUGGUACCUCUACCGGUUCACCUGAUGAUGGACUUGGAGCAGGGGUGAUAUGGGUUAUUACUUUCUUCAGCACCUGCCUGAUAUUUGGUUCUAUUAUGACAUUUGUCUGCUGUGAUGCCUACAAGAAGUAUUAUAGAAGAGUUCCAAGAGAAUACAUUACGGGGAGAGGCAAUUACCCAAGGCAACCUACUGCCCCAGCACAAGGGACCACAGACAGCCAGGGUGGGGAACCAGCAAGUGAGGGCACCAGCAACAAAGCCGGGAACCAGGCAGAGAAAGAAGAUACACAGACAGGAAGUAAUGACCAGAGCAACAGAGGACAUAUCGUACAAGUGUCCAACGAUGUCAACCUGCCAUCAACAUCAAAGAAAAAAUCAACCCUUCCACCAAUAGACAGUGAGAUUCCCACCAUAUCUGGGUCAGUCCCUGAGGGGGGUGGGGCGGUGAAUGGAGGGUUUACUGAUAAGCCCCUCCCCUCCAUACAGGACAAGUCUUCGGAGAUUGUGUUAACGCCUGUAACCAGCUUAAAUCUGGGUGUCAGUAUUUAUUCCUGAGUUUGGCUUGGCAUUAUUACUUAUUUGUUCUGUGUUAUGUUGGUGUCACAGGCCUGUAGAUUGCUUAAAGCCAAACUUGAGAAAAAUUUGAAUAAAAAAGUUAAAUUUUUAACACCUCAACUUUUUUGUUUGUCAAUCUAAAGGUCUGUGAUUGGUAUAAAAGAUUUAUUGGUACACUGUACUGCUUUUUUUUAUAGUUAUUUACUUUUCAUGUGCUUUGUAGAUUCUGUCUCUUUUAUGAAAAGUAAAACAGAUCAAAGAUCUAGUCAUGCAAAAAGUGAUACAUGGACAUGAAAUAUGUGUAAAUUGGUUGUAGGAACACUUUUUAUAUUAUUUAGUUUGGAAUUAUUUUUUUCAAAAUCAAAUUUUGAAAUGAUCUUUAAUUUUUUUUAGUGUUUCAAGUGUUGAAUUCAUGAACUUUAUCAGUAAAUGGAUUACUUCCACUCUCAGAUUUAGAACACAGGUGCACUACAACUGGGGCUGGCAUUUCUAAUUCUAUUAAUUUUUUUACAUAUUUUGUUAGAAAAACAGUGGAAACAGUCUUUUCAGAAAAUUCUCUUUAAGGUAAAUAUUCUUAUAAGCAUUUUUUUAUAAUUCUGAAAGGUCUUCAAUAGGACUUUUAUGUACUGCAUUGUACCACUGAAGGGCACUGUUUAAAAAAUUGCAUGUCUCUCUGUCUGUCAUCUGAUGGAAUUUUUAUAGAUAUCAGAAAAAUUUAUAACAGUUUCAUUUUGAUUAACUACAGAUAUCAAGAAUGCAAAAAGGAAUGCACAAAUAUUUUUUCUCUCCACAUGAACAAAGAUCAAGGUUACUGUUGGUAAAUGAAGCUCUUGGCACAAAUAUGUUUACCCCUUCCUGCAGUUUUCAGUUAUGUUGGUGGUUUUUGUCAAUAAUUUAAGCUUUAAUUCAUUAUUUUGUCAGUUUUCUCAUGUUAACAAUACAAUUUUCCUAUGAACAAUUGAUAAACAAGUUAGAAUGUUGUAUUAUCCUCUGUCUCGUAUGUAUUAUCCUGAUUGAUAAAUUUAUUGUCU